AUGGAGUCGCUGGCCGCCGCCGCCGCCGCCGCCAGUCAGCUGGGGACUGGGCGCGACUCUGGCUCCUCCUCCUCCUCCUCCUCGUCGGCGUCGUCGUCGGCGUCUUCCUCGUCGGCGUCGCCCCACUCCAAGCAGGAGCUGCAGCUGCCCUACUCGGGCUCCAGCCCGCUGAAGCCCAACCAGGUGGGCGAGACGUCGCUGUACGGCGUGCCCAUCGUGUCGCUGGUCAUCGACGGGCAGGAGCGCCUGUGCCUGGCGCAGAUCUCCAACACGCUGCUCAAGAACUACAGCUACAAUGAGAUCCACAACCGGCGCGUGGCGCUGGGCAUCACCUGCGUGCAGUGCACGCCCGUGCAGCUGGAGAUCCUGCGCCGCGCCGGCGCCAUGCCCAUCUCGUCGCGCCGCUGCGGCAUGAUCACCAAGCGCGAGGCCGAGCGCCUGUGCAAGUCCUUCCUGGGCGAGCACAAGCCGCCCAAGCUGCCCGAGAACUUCGCCUUCGACGUGGUGCACGAGUGCGCCUGGGGCUCGCGCGGCAGCUUCAUCCCGGCGCGCUACAACAGCUCGCGCGCCAAGUGCAUCAAGUGCAGCUACUGCAGCAUGUACUUCUCGCCCAACAAGUUCAUCUUCCACUCGCACCGCACGCCCGACGCCAAGUACACGCAGCCCGACGCCGCCAACUUCAACUCGUGGCGCCGCCACCUCAAGCUCAGCGACAAGACGGCCACCGACGACCUCAGCCACGCCUGGGAGGACGUCAAGGCCAUGUUCAACGGCGGCACCCGCAAGCGGACCUUCUCGCUGCACGGCGGGGGUGGGGGCGGCGGCGGCGGGGGCGCGGCCAAGAGCGCCCUGCACCCGCCGCCCUCCUCCUCCUCCACCGCCGCGGCCGACCUGGCGCCCGUGCACAAGAGCCUGCGCUGCGGCGGCGACGAGCAGCCCGGGGAGCGCGUCGGGGCGCUGGGCCUGCCCGCGGGGGCGCACGGGCCCGCCGCCGCCGCCGUGCGCAGCUACCCGGUCAUCCCGGUGCCCAGCAAGGGCUUCGGCAUGCUGCAGAAGCUGCCGCCGCCGCUCUUCCCGCCGCCCUACGGCUUCCCGGCCGCCGCCUUCGGCCUGUGCCCCAAGAAGCAGGACGACGCCUUGGGAGCCGCGGGCGACCCGGGCAAGGCAGGCGGGCUGCCGCAGGGCAUGUUCUGGGGGCCGCCGCCUCCGCCCCCUCACCCGCCGCAGCAGCCGCCGCCCCCACCGGGCGCCUCGGCCAAGGAGAGCGGCGUCUACCCGCCCUUCCCCAUGUUCUGGCCGGCCUCGGGCAGCCUGCCGGUGCCGCCCUACCCUGCCCAGAGCCAGGCCAAAGCGGCCGCCACGGCUGUAGUGGUGGCCGCCGCGGCCGCGGCUGCAGCCGCCGCGGUGGAGCCGCUGGGCCUGCGGGGCCACGGCCACGUGGAGCUGGAGGGCUCGGAGCCGUCGGGCAGCGAGCGCGGCAGCGCCACCCCGCAGGAGGGCGCGGGCUCCGGAGGGGCCGCCGCCGAGGGCGAGCGCUGCUCCAGCGCCCGCGAGGAGGAGCGCUCGGGCGACGAGGCGCUGCUGGCCCCGCUGCCCAGGAAAGGCAGCUACCUGUCGGCCUUCCGGCCCGUGGUGAAGGACGCCGAGAGCAUCGCCAAGCUGUACGGGACGCGCGAGGCCUACGGCGGGGGGCCCCGCGGCGGUGGCGGCGGCUGCCCCGGCUACCUCUCGCCCGACUUCCUCAGCGAAGGCAGCUCCAGCUACCGCUCGCUCUCGCCCGGCAACGACACGGUGGACGAGCCCGACGUGGACGUGGAGUCCCACCGCUUCGCCGAGGACGAGGACGACGACAACGACGAGGCGCCCGUCGGGGAGGCCCGGGAGCAGGCCGAGGAGGCCUCCCCGCCCCAGCUGCUCUCGCCCCAGCCGGAGGAGCCCCGGGCAGCCCCGGGCGCGGGCCUGGCAGCAGCCGAGAGGGCCGUGGAGAAGGCGGCGGCGGAGCCGGCGGGAAGCCCCCCAGAAAGGAGCAGCAGCAGGGGCGGCUACGAGGUGUACCCCGCCCUCGACAGGGAGGACUGCUCGCAAGCUCUCAAAAGCAGCGCCCCCAUGGUCCCCCCGACCACCGCGUACCUCUGCACCCCGGAGAGGAAUGGUGAGGAGGUGGUCAGCAUCGAUGUCACCGGGACGCCACUGGGGGAAAAAGACCUCGGCCACCUGGCAAGAGAUGAGUUGCAAAAACUCCUCCUGGAGCAGAUGGAGGUGCGGAAGAAGCUGGAGCGCGAAUUCCAAAGUCUCAAAGAUAACUUCCAGGACCAGAUGAAGCGGGAGCUCUCGUACCGCGAGGAGAUGGUGCAGCAGCUGCAGAUCGUGCGGGAUACUCUGUGCAAUGAACUGGACCAGGAGAGGAAAGCGCGCUACGCCAUUCAGCAGAAGCUAAAAGAGGCACACGACGCGCUGCAUCACUUCUCCUGCAAAAUGCUGACCCCCCGCCACUGCACGGGCAACUGCUCCUUCAAGCCCCCCUUGCUGCCCCAGUGAGCCCCCGAAGGUCUGGGCCGAAGCCGUCGCUGCUGCUGGAGGGGUGCGGGUCACAGAGCCCCCCCCAAAAAAAUCCUGGACAGGGCAGGAGCGCCCGCAAGACACAAGCCAUGUGGGAAUCUAAAGGAGACACGUGUAUAUAUGGCAGACAAAAGCGGGAACCCGGAGCGAGCGGCGCGCCCCUUUCCCUGCCGUGUAAAUAGAAGCUGCGUCGGAUGGCUCCGCCGAUCGGAUCGGGACCGCCAGCAGAU